CUUGACACCGUCUUUGAGUCAACACCUUGGUUCCUACUUUUGUACAUUCUGACAGUUGCAUAGACUGAACAACAUGUCCACACAUACAGCAUCGCAACGGUAUCUGAGUACCCGGGGUGGGUCCUACGAUUUCUCCUUUGAAGACGUCGUCCUCAAGGGCCUUGCGGCAGACGGGGGACUGUUUAUACCCGAAGAGAUCCCCGCGCUGCCUGAAGACUGGGCGUCCAAGUGGAAAGACCUCUCGUUCGCAGAUCUCGCCUUUGAAAUCUUCUCCCUCUACAUCUCGCCCUCUGAGAUCCCGUCGGCCGACCUCAAAGACAUCAUCCGCCGCAGUUACUCGACCUUUCGCGCAAAGGAUGUAGUCCCUACCGUUACGCUAGACAAGGAGAAGAACAUCCACCUGCUGGAGCUUUUUCACGGACCUACAUUCGCCUUCAAGGAUGUUGCGCUGCAAUUCCUGGGCAACCUGUUCGAGUACUUUCUCGUGCGCAAGAACCAGGGCAAGACGGGCCGCGAUAGGGAACACCUGACUGUCAUCGGCGCAACAAGUGGUGACACUGGUUCAGCAGCCAUUUACGGUCUGCGCGGAAAGAAGGACGUGUCCGUCUUCAUCAUGCACCCGCACGGCAAAGUCAGCCCGAUCCAGGAAGCGCAGAUGACGACGGUCAUGGACGCCAAUGUGCACAACUUGGCUGUAGAUGGCACAUUUGACGACUGCCAGGACUUUGUCAAAGCCCUCUUUGCCGACCCAGAGAUCAACAAGACGCACCGCCUCGCUGCCGUAAACUCGAUCAACUGGGCGCGCAUCCUUGCGCAAAUUACCUACUUCUUCUACUCGUAUUUUGAUCUCAUCAAGAGCCCGUCCUUCCUCCCAGCCUCGGCUGUCCGCUUCGUCGUGCCCACGGGUAACUUCGGCGAUAUUCUGGCUGGCUUCUUCGCCAAGCGCAUGGGCCUGCUUGCCGAGAAGCUGGUCAUAGCAACCAACGAGAACGACAUUCUACACCGUUUCUGGGAGACUGGCAGGUACGAGAAGCACGCUGUCCACGGAAAAGAGGCCGAGGGCGGUAUUCCAGAGGAUGGUGCCAAGGCGCACGAGGGUGGGGUCAAGGAGACGCUGAGCCCGGCCAUGGACAUUUUGGUCUCUUCAAACUUUGAGCGUCUGCUCUGGUACCUCUCCUACGACGUGUACAGCACAAACUCAGAUGCCGUUGCGCAACGACGGAGCCAAGCAGGCGAGCACGUACGGACUUGGCUCAACGAGCUCAAGACUGCGGGUGGCUUUGCCGUAGACAAGCAGAUUCUGGAAGCAGCCCAGGCCGACUUUUCCUCGUAUCGUGUCAGCGACGACGAGACCAUCAACACCAUUAAAUACGUGUUUGGCGCAGAGGCAUCCAAGAACUACGUGCUCGACCCGCACUCUGCCAUUGGCAUUGCAGCAGCACUUCGCUCGGUAGAAGUAGCCAAGCCCCCAACUACCCAUCACAUUGCGCUGGCGACUGCGCACCCUGCCAAAUUCGCGAAUGCCGUCGAGCUCGCGCUGCCAGAGCAGAAGGAGUACUUCCAAGAAAAGGUACUGCCGGUUGAGUUCAAGGGUCUGGAGGACAAGCCCAGGCGAGUCAGCCAUGUCAAGAAGUCGGAGGGCUGGCAGGGCGUUCGCAGGGUUGUUAUUGCUGAGGUAGAGGCUGAGCGACAGGCGGCUGAGAGAGGUGCAUAGUAGAGUGUAUGGUGUAAGAAAAUACAGGCGUCUUGGAUCUUGAAUCUUGAAUAGACUAGGACUAAAUAC